AUGGUGCAAAACACUGCAAAUGACAAUCACUUAUUACAAUACUCUUACGGUUACAUCACUAACAAAACAUACGUCCAACUCAUCCAUAACUCACUCACGAGUGUUGUUCAACGGCUGUACACGAGUCCAGCCAUGAGUGGACACAUGAGUGGACAGACCAGUGAUGAGGCCAUCAAUGAAUGGAUGCUAAAUGUUGGCAAAGAAGAGAAAGUGGAUCUUUUAGACAAUGCUUUGCAUACAAAUGAUGGUAAUGUCAUCACUAGUGUUGUUCUUUAUCUGAAGAGAACAAUCAAAGCCAAUAUAUUUAACUAUGAAAUAAGUAAAAGAUGUUUAGCCGCCGAUCACUACUUGUUUUACUUAAGACAAAACCAAAAAACCGAUGAAUUGAUGGACACGUUAUCAAUGUUAGGCCGACACGAAGAGGCGGCCAUGACUGCAUACACUCAGGCUAUGACUUGUGUCGAUAUUUCAGCUAAAAUUCAGAAUUUAAAAAAUUGUUUGCGAAACCAUUUUACGAGUGGAGGCAAUGAUUGUAUUUUUUGGAGUAAUCAUAUUUCAGAGCAAAUAUCACUUCUGGAACAACAGUUGCCAAUAGAGAGUGACGAUCGAAGACAAGAACGCAAUGCUUUAGCUAAGUCUCAACAGUGGUUACAAAUCGAUGCUCUCUUUGAAUAUAAGUCAUGGUUAGGCAACAAACGGAUCAAGUCGUUGAUUCCAUUCGACAAAGUGGUCAUAUUAUUGCAUAGGAAUAGCGCUCCACACGAUAUGCUAUCUAAAUAUCUACACCUUAUCGACGAUUUUGACAUUAAGUUUAGUUUAGCCAAAGAUAUCAAACUUUUGAACAUUGCUAUUGAUCCUUUAAUUAAAGCAAACGAUCGUAAAAGACUAGAAGAAGUCUCAACUAAACUCGACAUUAAUUCAGAACAUUAUAUUAACACUAAUUCCGAGAUGACAUCCGGCGACGAAGCCCUCAAUGGCCGUACAAUCGAGGUUUCGUGGCGUAAUCUCGUCUAUACAGUACAGGCAAACCCUUUGCUCGCAAGCUUUCGCAAGGAUAACAAAAGCCGAACCAUUUUGAAGGGUCUUUCAGGUUAUUUUAGAAGUGGAAAUUUGACCGCAAUUAUGGGUCCGUCAGGCGCUGGAAAGUCAACACUAUUAGAGUGUGUGUCAGGAUUUCGGAAGAAAGGACUAUCAGGUGAUGUCCGCAUCACAGGAAGCAAUCGUAUUAAGAUUGGAUUAAUUGCUCAAAACGAUCAGUUACUCAAUCAAUUAACUGUGAAAGAAGCACUACUUUUUGCCUCAAAACUCAAAAACUAUCAACAAAUGGAAAAUAAAGAUCUCGAGGAUGUCGUUGUCGAAGAUAAUUAUGCUGAAAAUCAAAGCAAAGAUUCGUCUUCAUAUCAUGAUAUGCUGGCCAGACAUGUUAUCAAACAAUUAGGUCUCGAGGUUUGUGCCGAUACAAAAAGUGGCAACUGUUCGGGUGGACAGCGAAAACGUCUAUCAAUUGCCUUAGAAUUGAUCUCAAAACCCAAUAUUCUGAUUCUGGAUGAGCCCACUUCUGGUUUGGACAGCUCUGCCUGUUAUCAAACCGUUUCUGUAAUGCAAGACUUAACACAACAAAUGCAAUCAAAGAAUCCGAUAGCAGUGGUGGCAACAAUACACCAGCCAUCAGCCCGAGUGUUCAAUCUGUUUCACCACGUCUAUGUCAUUUCAUUUGAUGGCCAAUGCAUAUUCCAGGGCUCUCCACAACAACUUAUUCCCCAAUUAGCCAACGUUGGCCUUAAUUGUCCACAAUUUCAUAAUCCGGCAGAUUUUAUAGCAGAAGUUGCUUCGGGAGAGUACGGACACGAAGGCAUCGUUAAGUUGGCCGCACAGAAGAAACAGACAGACUCUGCUAUUCCGGUCAUUUCUGGACCCAAAAGCUUAACAUUGGCUCAAAUAUCGCAAACCCAAUCUUAUCCCGUUAUACUUCACACUUGGCUCUUGUUUUAUCGCUCACUUCUGGUCAUACUUCGGGACCCAAUGCUAACUUCUUUGAGAUUUGCGUCUCAUUUAAUUACAGCAGUAUUUAUAGGUUUGCUUUACGGCGAUGCUAUUGGACAGCCGGGAGGAUGUCCUCCACAAGUGUCUCCUCUCAACGAUUUGGAACAUUUCGCUGAAUUUCGGGAAAAGUAUGAAAAGGAAACCAUUACUAUCACUGAAAACGUGGCGUUUGUCUUCUUUACCCUAAUGUUUAUCAUGUUUGGAGCAAUGAUGCCAACAAUCAUGACAUUCCCUAUGGAUAUGCAAGUAUUCCGCAAAGAAAGAACUAAUGGAUGGUAUAGUUGUGCCACUUAUUACUUUGCUAAGACACUCGCAGAUAUGCCAUUUCAGUUUAUAUUUCCGGCGACUUUCACAACCAUCAGCUAUUAUAUGACAGGACAGGACGACUCAUACCUGCGAUUCACUGGUUUUACCAUAAUCUCGAUAGCAAUCGCAUUGAUAGCCCAAAGUCAAGGUCUGCUAAUCGGUGCUAUAUUUAUGGAGGACGCGAGCGCUGCUGUAUUUUUAGGGCCCAUAACUUGCAUUCCUCUUAUGCUUUUCGCCGGAUUUUUUGUCAGAAUAUCAACGAUUCCCUCGUAUUUCAGACCUUUGACUUACAUCUCGUAUUUGCGGUAUUCGUUUGAAGCAUACAUUGCUGUCCUCUAUGGUUACGAUCGCUGCGAAUGGGACCCCAGUUUAGCUAACCUUACGAAUGCAAAGCCUGAAUGGUUAGACUACUUGACACAGAUAUUGGCCCCCAAUUCCGAUACCACUCCAGAGGGAGACAAUAAUAAAGAGAACUUCAUUCAGACCCUAUUGGAUAACCUGAGCGGACAGUUCGGCUCCAGUUCUGAGGAGGACUACCAGUCAAUAGUGAUGUCUCAGUUCGAAGUCAGUGACGAGAGUCUCAUUUGGAACUCAAUUAUUUUGACCCUCUUUUUCAUUGCUAUGCGAGUUAUCACUUAUGCUGUCCUUCUCUGGAAAGUCAACAAAAGGGAGUGAAAGGCAGUCAAAG